AUGAUCAUUCUAGAAGAGUUAAAAAUGUUCUUCCUAUUAUCCACCACUGUUGAAAUUUUAUUAGUAUUCAGAAUUCAUUUUUCACACCCGCCCCAAAAAGUUCCAGUCAGAAAUAAAGUCAAAAGUUUAAGCAAAUGUAGAUUGCCAGCUUUGUCAGGUAGCAUUAAAAACAAGACGAGGAUGAAAAAAACUCAAUUAUUUCUGUUUCAGUCUUGCACUUCAAUCAUUUUCCUAGAGAAUUCUCUUCACUACAAAUUAGCGAAAAAUUUGGCUCAUGAGUCAUUCAUGACGAACUUAUCAAUUUGUGAAGUUGCUGUGGGAAUGAAGAAGUCUUCAAAAUCUGACUUCAAAAAUGCAUGA